AUAACACAGAGGCAUCUGACACAACACGCCAUAACGCAAGGGUGCCACGCUACUGAUACUGCUACCACCUGACGGAGGCGAUGAAGGGGAGGACGACGAGAAUGAAGAUCCUCCUGCUGGUGGCGCCCCUACUACUAAUAUCUUGCCGGGGCGUGCACGGAGGCCAAUCUGCAGGACACCCUGGGGGCCUCGCAACUCUGGAGGGUCCAGGGGGCUUCCCACCAGGCUCCCUUGCCAUUCUAAAGCGGACAGGAUCAGUGAAGGCAUUCCUGCGUAGCCUCCCUCAGGUGUCUGUGGUGCGAGCUGUCGGGGGCUUCAUCGGCUCCUUCCCAGGGCACCCCAAAGGCACCUCUCUUGGGGGCUUCCACAGGGGCUUCAACGGAGCUUCACCUGGGUCAUCAGGCUUCAUAGGGGGAGCUAGAAGGUUGAAUGGCGUUUUUCUGGGGAGUUUCCAAGGGCGUUCACCAGCGUUCAAUGGCAGAUCUGCAGGCUUCAGUAGGGCUUCUGCAGGCUUCACUGGUAGGUCUUCAGGCUUCAACAGACGGCUUGCAGUUUCCCACAGAGGUUUCGCUGGCUUUAAUGACGCAGGCUUUGGUGGUAGGCAGGCAGACCUCAAUGGUGCGGGUUUCGAUGAAGCUCCUGCAGGUUUCACUGAAAGCCAUGCAGGCUUCGGAGGUUUCAGUGGAGGUUCUGCUGGUUUCAGUGGAGGUCCUGAUGGCUUCAAUGAUGCAGGCUUCAGUGGAGGUCCAAAAGACUUUAGUGGAGGUCCUGAUGGCUUCAGUGGACGUCUUGCAGACUUCGGUGGAGAUUCUGAAGGCUUCAAUGACGCAGACUUUGGUGGAGGUCGUGCAGGCUCCAGUGGAGGUAGUGCUGGUUUCAGUGGAGGUCGUGCAGGCUUCAGUGGAGGUAGUGCUGGCUUCAGUGGAGGGCCUGAUGGUUUCAGUGACGCUAGCUUCAGCGGAGGUCCUGCAGGCUUUGGUGGAGGUCCUGAUAGCUUCAGUGGGGGUCCUGCAGACUUAGAUGGAGGACCUGAAGGCUUCAGUGGAGGGCCUGAUGGCUUUGGUGGAGGUCCUGAUGGCUUCAGUGGAGGGCCUCCAGGCUUCAGUGAAGGGCCUCCAGGCUUCGAUGGAGGCCCUGAUAGCUUCAGUGGAGGGCCUCCAAGCUUCAGUGGAGGCCCUGAUGGUUUCAGUGGAGGGCCUGAUGACUUCAGUGGAGGUCCUGUAGGCGUCGGUGGAGGACCUGAUGGCUUCAGUGGAGGGCCUCCAGGCUUCAGUGGAGGCCCUGAUGGCUUCAGUGGAGGGCCUGAUGACUUCAGUGGAGGUCCUGUAGGCGUCGGUGGAGGACCUGAUGGCUUCAGUGGAGGGCCUCCAGGCUUCAGUGGAGGCCCUGAUGGCUUCAGUGGAGGCCCUGAUGACUUCAGUGGAGGUCCUGUAGGCGUCGGUGGAGGCCCUGAUGGCUUCAGUGGAGGGCCUCCAGGCUUUGACGGAGGACCUGAAGUCUUCAAUGACCGAGGCUUCAAUGGUGGGCCAGAGAGUUUCAGUGGAGGACCUGGAAGCUUCCGUGGAAGACCUGAAAGCUUCAAUAACCCAGGCUUCAGGGGAGGACCAGCUGAGUUUGAUGAGGGUCCUCACGGUCUCCCCGGUGCAAGCUUCAGUGGCUCUCCUCGCGGCUUCAGCAGGACAUCUCACGAGGGCUUCAGUAGGGCCUCUCGCAGAAGCUUCAACAGGGAAUCUAGGAGAGGCUUCCCACGUUCCAGUAGUCUGAGAAGACGUGUUGGUCUCAGUGGUUCCCGCAGGAGGUUAGCGAAUAGAAAGACUGGUUAACUGCCUCACUGAAUCUCUAAAUGUUAAGGCUGAAAAUGAUUAAUGAUAAAGAUAACUCUCUCUCUCUCUCUCUCUCUCUCUCUCUCUCUCUCUCUCUCUCUCUCUCUCUCUCUCUCUCUCUCUCGCUCUCGCUCUCUCUCUAAGUCCUAAAUAAUAAUAGAAACACAAUGACUCCUUUUUCAUGUAGUAAGUAUUGCGAGCACUGUACGUAAUAUCACAAGGUUUAUUUUAUCUACUAUUACUUAUUAUUGUUUAUUAUUGAAGUGUAUGAGUAUUGCCAAAAUAAUAACGAC